UAACGAACCAGCGAACCCGACCAUUGGCCGACGGAUUGUGAGACACCCAGAGAGCCAGAGAUCUCGGGAGUGUAUGAAGCUGACUAUCAAGUUCAGGCUCUCUUCGCCACGUAAAGUCAGUCUACGUUAGAUCAUGAUGAGUACAUCAGAGUCUUUGGAUCGUAUGGAAGUGUGUGAAAGCCUCUUAACAUGGAUCCAGACAUUUGGAGUAGAGGCUCCAUGCAAAACUGUAGAAGACCUGACAAGUGGUGUUGUCAUGGCACAAGUUCUACAGAAAAUAGAUGUAGUGUAUUUUAGUGAUGCUUGGAUUAGUAGAAUCAAGCCAGACGUCGGAGACAACUGGAGGUUAAAGAUCAGCAAUCUAAAGAAAAUCUUAAAAGGCAUCCUAGACUAUAUCCAGGAGGUCUUAGGCCAGGAUAUUAAUGACUUCCCACUACCUGAUGUUAAUCUUAUUGGAGAACACUCUGAUGCAGCCGAGCUUGGAAGGAUGUUACAACUUAUAUUGGGCUGCGCUGUCACCUGUGAACAGAAACAAGAAUACAUCAAAACCAUAAUGGUGAUGGAAGAAUCGGUGCAGCAUGUUGUCAUGACUGCCAUCCAAGAGCUGAUGACUAAAGAGACUCCAGCUACGGGAGGAAAUGACUCAUAUGUGGAUCUGGACAGACAGCUGAAGAAGACAGUUGAGGAGCUGAAUGAUGCUUUGGCUACCAAGGAAGAGAUUGCCCAGAGGUGUCGCGAGCUUGACUUGCAGGUGGCAGCCCUGCAAGAGGAGAAGAGCAGUUUGCUAGCAGAAAACCAGGUCUUAAUGGAGAGACUUAACCAGUCUGACUCCAUAGAGGAUAUAAACAGCCCUGCUGGACGCAGACAUCUUCAGCUGCAGACGCAACUGGAGCAGCUACAGGAAGAAACCUUCAGGUUGGAGGCAGCAAAAGAUGAUUACCGGAUCCGUUGUGAGGAGCUGGAAAAAGAACUUUUGGAUGUGAAGUCCCAGAAUGAAGACCUUACAUCACUGGCUGAUGAGGCCCAGUCUCUAAAAGAUGAGAUCGAUGUCCUCAGGCACUCAUCUGACAAGGUGUCAAAACUGGAGGGCACUGUGGAACACUACAAGAAGAAACUGGAGGACAUGGGGCUGCUCAGAAGACAAAACAAGCUAAUGGAAGAGAAAAACACAGCUUUAAUGCAGACUAAUGUUGGCUUAGAGGAAGAGCUACGAAAGGCGAAUGCUGCCAAAGCCCAGUUGGAGACAUACAAGAGACAGGUGGUUGAACUUCAGAACAGACUGUCAGAGGAGUCUAAAAAGGCGGACAAGAUGGAGUUUGAGUAUAAACGCCUCAAAGAGAAAGUCGAUUCUUUACAAAAAGAAAAAGACCGUAUGCGAAGUGAGAGAGAUUCAUUGAAGGAAACUAUUGAGGAGCUACACUGUGUUCAAGCUCAAGAGGGACAGCUCACAUCAGGUUUAUUCCCACUGGGUAGCAACGAUGGUUCUGAUUCACUGGCGGCUGAGAUCACCACUCCAGAGAUGCGAGAACACGUGAUUCGUCUUCAGCAUGAAAACAAGAUGCUGAAACUGGCUCAGGAGGGAUCAGACAAUGAGAAGAUCGCACUGUUGCAGAGUCUACUCGAGGAUGCCAACAGGAGAAAAAAUGAACUGGAGACAGAGAACAGGUUGAUAAAUCAGCGCUUGAUGGAGGAACAGAGUCAGGUAGAGGAGCUACAGAAGAAUCUUCAAGAACAGGGUUCAAAAGCAGAUGAUUCUUCUAUUUUGAAGAAGAAAUAUGAGGAGCACAUGGAAAAAGUACAAGAGCUGAAUAAUGAGCUGCUGAAGAAAAAUGCCUUCAUUGAUGAAAUGGAGCCGAAAUACAACACCAGCAUCCAACGAGUGGAGGAGCUGGAGGAGGCCUUGAAGAAAAAAGAUGAAGACAUGAAACAGAUGGAGGAGCGAUACAAGAAAUACCUCGAAAAGGCCAAGAGUGUGAUCCGAACGCUGGACCCUAAACAGAACCAAGGUUCAGGUCCUGAAGUCCAAGCCCUGAAAAACCAGCUGCAGGAGAAGGAGAGGAUGUUGCAUUCACUGGAGAAAGAAAUGGACAAGACAAAGAGCCAAAGAGAUCACGAGGAGAAACUGAUUGUGUCAGCCUGGUACAAUAUGGGUAUGUCUCUGCAGAAGAAGGCUGCUGAAGAUCGACUUGCCAACACUGGCUCUGGUCAGUCUUUCCUGGCCCGGCAGAGACAAGCCACCAGCACACGGCGCCAGUAUCCUGGCCACGCCCAGUCAGCUACCGCCAGGUAGAUGGCAGUAGGGCACAAAAUGCUGCAGCCAGCUAUUUUACAGAUCCCCCGAACAAUGUGCCUAUUUUGAGGCAUUCUAUUUUCAUUCAUUUCUAUUGGAAGUAAAUGUUUUCCUGCAUUUCCUGCCGAUUGAUUUUCUUUUUUUUCCUUCUUGAUCAGAUCCAUGAGGUAGAGAUGCCAAGAAAGGUUGCCCCAAAACUUGCACCUUUUUUUUUCUCCUCCCCCUAAGCGUAUUAUACCUUGACGCCCAUGAUGCAAGACUUCUACUUUUUAUCAGGCCUCAGCAUAUUUAAUAGGUUCUGACCAAUCACACCAAACAUCCUUUCUUCCUCCCUCUCUACCACUGACCUUCUUGAACCUUUGCUAUGUAGUAAACUUGUGCCAUGCAGGUAAUCCAGACCGCAAGGCUCAGAACAAUCGCGUGUCCUUGUCAAGUUACUGUAAUUUUUGAUAAGAGGAACCGCUCUACCUGCUCAUGCAGUAUUUAUGCACAUCUCUACCUGUAGUAACAUUUUCAAGUUCAGCUUGUUUUUUGCAAUGGACUCGAGCGCUUUUCUGUCUUGCGUCAUCUAUUGUAACUCUUUAUGAUGUAGCUUUAAGGAGGUAAAAGCAACUUUUAGUUUAAUGUGUCGGUGUUUCAUUUCACAGUCUCGACCAGCAAAUACAUUGAAGCAUAGGAUUAUGUAAUGUCUCGUGGAAAUCUUUGAUUUGCUUGCUAAAUGUUCUAACUGAUUUAAUUGAGUGAUUUCAAAUAGGAUGAUUGUUGAUUGCAUGAUUGUUGGUAAUGGUGCAGCAAUAAUUGUGAAUGGUAGCUUUUUUUGUCCCCAAGAAGAAAAAAAAAAGACUUCUUUAGUUUUUGAAAUUGUUCCAGGUGGUGCAAUUUAGGACUUGAUAGAUUUCCUGUGCUAGUGUACAUACUGGUGUAAAUUAGUUUGGUAUCUAAGAGAACAAGGAGCCACCAGCAUUUACAGAGUUGUCAGACAACACCUUAUGUGCCAUAGUGUUUGAUAUAAAUGUCUGUACCUUGGUAAUCUGUCAGGUUUACCUUCCCCCUAAUAUUACAUGACAAAAAAAUGUAUUCCCAGAACGUUUAGCCGUGAGAUGGUUAGAGAGGUUUAGACCCGAGGACUGUCUGUUGAAAGAGAUUUAGUUUCUGGAUCAUCUGCAGAGUGGACAUGAAGACCUGUUCAGUGUCACACAUCAGAGUGGACUCUUCCAUAUCAGUUUCUAUAAUCAGCUCAUUGCUGUCACAGUAAAAAGCACUUUUUUUUCCAGGUUUGUUAAAGGGUGUUCAAAAUGCACACUACAUACAGGUAUAUAACGUUAAAUGGGAGUCUUGAAUAGGGUAUGCUUUUCUCAACAUGUGUUUAACCGAUUGUUUGUUCCGUUGUCUUUACAUUGUCCAGUUUUAACGCAUAUCAGGAAUCAUAACUUACUAACCUUGAAAUAAUUUUGCUUGGUGCCUGUUAGAUCAGGGGCAGAUUGUUGAUUUUAGGAUUAAAGCCCUGCCAUCUGACCAUUACUUCUUUUCUUUUUUCCCCCACCUCCCUCAACAGCAAUGUCCCUGCAUGACUGGCACACCAAUGACCUGCCCGAGCCUUGUGUAGCCUGGCCUGUCCUUUAUGUGGCCUACACUGACCCCGGCUGGGCUAGGCUGCGGCACGCGUGCAUGAACUACCUGCCUGUUUGCAUGACUUUGCAUUGACUCAAGUCUGCGAAUAACCAGCCCACUAGCAGCAGCGCGAGCACUAACAACCCUCUGCGGUGUCACGCAUUAUAACCUCCAGACAAGCCCGGGGAGGAAUGGGAUUGGAAAAGAAAACCUUCGCUCUCCUUUCCCCUGUUAAUUUUUCCACCAUUCUGACUCCUUUCCUCACAUCCCGAUGUGCUUUGUUACAUUCCCUCCUCCUCCCCUCUUGUAGCCUUCAUAAACAUGCUGCUUAUUUGCUUUCACACUGCAUCAAGUCUGUUACACCUGUGUUACAAACACCCAGGAAAAAGGAGUGGAGUAACUCAGUUAUCUGUCAGUCAAGUUAUGGGUUUAAAUAGGCCUGUUCUCCAGUGUUUAUGUCUAACUUGAUGUUGUCUGGGUGCUUAGGGAUACCUCAAUGACAUAUUCCUGCAUAAUCUGUUUAUUUGUGUGGCUUAAGGAUUGGGGUAAUAUUUGAGAGGUAUAACCUGCAAAUCAGUCCGCAUAACAAAAAAGGACUCCAUUCUGUUUUUAACUUCUACAGUAAGUAUUUUUUAUGAAAGCCCUGAACAUGUUGCUAGAUUGCAUCUUAAAAGUGCUUUUACCUCAAGUAUUGAAUGCAACCAGUUUUGGACUAAAGGCAACGAUGCUGCCCAAAAAGUGUUUGCAGAGAUAUAAAUAUAAAGUGUUUAAAUGAAAGACAUUGUUACAGAUGUGUUUUGAAAAGCAGUAAAAGCCCCCAUUAAGCCUGCUUGCAGUUUUUUGUUAGGUUUUGUUUAGUAAAACGCACAUCUACACAGUGUUUCUGAUAUUAGCCAAAUUUCAGUUGAUUGCUAAUUGAUUAAUAAUUUUUCUUAGGAGCAAAUAACCUGUGCCCUA